GCCAAUGCGAUGGCAGGGGCGGGGUUGGGUGCUCUAUAAGUUGUUGAGAGGCGGAUCCUCCGCCCUAGUUCCCAGGAUCAUGUCUGCGAGUCAGGAUUCCCGAUCCAGAGACAAUGGCCCUGAUGGAAUGGACCCUGAUGGUGUCAUCGAGAGUAACUGGAAUGAGAUUGUGGAUAGCUUUGAUGACAUGAACCUCUCAGAAUCUCUUCUUCGUGGUAUAUAUGCCUAUGGUUUUGAGAAGCCAUCUGCUAUUCAGCAACGUGCAAUUCUUCCUUGUAUCAAGGGUUAUGAUGUGAUUGCUCAAGCCCAGUCUGGGACCGGGAAGACUGCUACCUUUGCCAUUUCCAUUUUGCAACAGAUUGAACUGGACUUAAAGGCCACACAGGCCUUGGUUUUGGCACCCACUAGAGAGCUAGCUCAACAGAUCCAAAAGGUAGUGAUGGCACUUGGAGACUACAUGGGUGCUUCAUGCCAUGCCUGCAUUGGAGGAACAAAUGUUCGAGCUGAAGUUCAGAAGUUGCAGAUGGAAGCUCCCCACAUCAUUGUGGGCACCCCAGGCCGUGUCUUUGACAUGCUUAACCGGCGAUACUUAUCUCCUAAAUACAUCAAAAUGUUUGUUCUGGAUGAAGCAGAUGAAAUGUUGAGUCGUGGUUUUAAGGACCAGAUCUAUGAUAUAUUCCAGAAACUCAGUGGCAAUACUCAGGUGGUGCUCCUGUCAGCCACCAUGCCCUCAGAUGUGCUGGAAGUGACCAAGAAGUUUAUGAGGGAUCCUAUCAGGAUUCUAGUCAAGAAGGAGGAGUUGACAUUGGAAGGCAUUCGUCAGUUUUACAUAAAUGUGGAACGAGAGGAGUGGAAGCUAGAUACCUUGUGUGAUCUGUAUGAAACGCUGACUAUUACCCAAGCUGUUAUCUUCAUCAAUACCCGCCGAAAGGUGGAUUGGCUUACUGAGAAAAUGCAUGCCCGUGACUUUACUGUGUCUGCAAUGCAUGGAGACAUGGACCAAAAAGAACGUGAUGUAAUCAUGAGGGAGUUUCGAUCAGGUUCCAGUCGGGUGCUUAUUACCACUGACCUAUUGGCUAGAGGCAUUGAUGUUCAGCAAGUAUCUUUGGUUAUUAAUUAUGACCUUCCCACCAACCGGGAGAAUUAUAUUCAUAGAAUCGGCCGUGGUGGGCGUUUUGGUCGUAAAGGCGUGGCCAUCAACAUGGUGACAGAGGAAGACAAGAGGAUUCUUCGAGACAUUGAGACCUUCUAUAACACCUCCAUUGAGGAGAUGCCUCUCAAUGUGGCUGACCUCAUCUGAGGGCCUUCCCCACCUAAUUUCACCCAGGGCCCUGCUCUCUGGGAUGGGGGAGGGGGAGCUGGAUGGGAGGGGGGAACAAGGGAUGGACACCUUUGUCAUUUUUUCCUUUUUUUUUUUUUGACUUUGAAUAAAUGUCAAUUUUUGAGGCAAAAGGAACUGUGAACCUUUAGACACCCUUUUCUUUGGGGCAAGUUUAUGCCCUUGGCGCCGUCACGUCCCCCAACUUCUUCCCAUAUUCCAAAACACUAAUUCAACUCUUCAAGCCAGUCUGUCCUCAUUCCCAGCAGCCAAAUACCUCUUCCCCCAUCACCAAAAGGUAGUUGAGAGGCCAUAACUGGCCACUCUCCCCCUCCCUGUUCCUGGACAAAAUUUGGGGGAUCCACCCCCACCAGGAGCCUGAGAUCACUCAUUGGGUUGGCUCUCCCCCCAGGUAAAGGGAGCAGGGGAGAGAAAGUCAUUUUUACGUUGUUUUGUAUAGUAUUUAUUGAUUCAGGAAAGAAACCACAAAAAUUCUGAAUAAAAUUACUUGGAAACUGCC